GACCUCGGCCUUCACCCUGCCUUGUGUAGCUGGAUCCUGGAUUUCCUGUCAGAUAGCCGGCAGGUGUCUCCGGCUGGACGGUGUUAUCCUCUCCGCUCAGAGUUGAAGUAGGUCGGCUGUGUUAUCGGGAAAGACUUUCGUCUCUUCCGUCGGGAUCACUGUCUGCGGGCCGAAGAUAUCACUUUCCCAUCGACCUGCAGUGAGAGAUUUAUUGGAAGAAAACCCACGACUGAAGACAAGGGAACAGCAACAUGUGAACCAGCCCGAGGAUUGAGAGCAUCAACUGGAGAGGACCCAUCUGACUCGGAGAUUCCAGUGAUUCAGUCAGGAGAAAGUUGUGUUAAAAACAAGAAGGAAUUUGUCUCCAGGAAGUUCAAACAUGGCACACCAGUUUUGUUGUCUCUGUCUAGAUAUUUAAGGAGCAAGGGAUUCAAUCGACCAUCCUUCCUGCUCAACUGUGGGGAGGGAUUUAUUCGGUCAUUUGACCAACUGGCAACCCGUCAUUUUACACAGGAGAAAGGCUGUUCACCCGUUCAGACAGUGGGAAUGGAUUCAGUCGGUUAUCACAAUUGAAGGUACAUCAGUAAUUUCACACUGGGCAAGGCCAUUCACCUGUUCUGUGUGUGAGAAGGCGUUCAGUCGGUCAUCCCACCUGUUGACACACCAGUCAGUUCACACUGGGCAGAGGCUGGUCAUCUGCUGAACAUCUGGGAAAGGAUUCACUCACUCUUCUGAUCUAAUGGCACACCAGCGUGUUCACAUUGGGGAGAAGCCAUUCACCUGCUCAGUCUGUGGGAAGGGAUUCACUCAGCCAUCCACCCUACAGAGUCACCAGCGAGUUCACACUGGAGAGAGGCCUUUCACCUGCGCAGAAUGUGGGAAGGGAUUCACUAAGUCAUCCACCUUACUGGUACAUCAGCGAGUUCACACUGGGGAGAAGCCAUUCAGCUGCUCAGUCUGUGGGAAGAGAUUCACUCAGUCAUCCCACCUACAGAGUCAUCAGCGAGUUUACACCGGGGAGGGGCCGUUCACCUGCUCAGAAUGUGGGAAGAGAUUCACUUAUUCAUCCACCCUACAGAGUCAUCAGCGAGUUCACACUGGGGAGAAGCCGUUCACCUGCUCAGAAUGUGGGAAGAGAUUCACUUAUUCAUCCACCCUACAGAGUCAUCAGCGAGUUCACACUGGGGAAAAGCCGUUCACCUGCUCAGUCUGUGGGAAGGGAUUCACUCAGUCAACCCACUUACAGAGACACCAGCGAGUUCACACUGGGGAGAAGCCGUUUACCUGCUCAGAAUGUGGGAAAAGAUUCACUGAUUCAUCCGCACUACAGAAGCAUCAGCGAUUUCACACUGGGGAGAAACCGUUCACCUGCUCAGAAUGUGGGAAGAGAUUCACUGAUUCAUCCACCCUACGGAAGCAUCAGCGAGUUCACACUGGGGAGAAGCCGUUUACCUGCUUAGAAUGUGGGAAGAGAUUCACUCAGUUAUUCAAUCUACAGAGACAUCAUCGAGUUCACACUGGGGAGAAGCCUUUCACAUGCUCAGUCUGUGGGAAGAGAUUCACUGAUCUAUCCACCCUACUGAGGCAUCAGCGAGUUCACACUGGAGAGAGGCCGUUCACCUGCUCAGAGUGUGGGAAGGGAUUCACUCGGUCAUCCCACCUACUGGCACACCAGCAAGUUCACAUUGGGGAGAAGCCAUUCACCUGCUCAGUCUGUGGGAAGGGAUUCACUCAGUCAUCCAAUCUACAGAGACAUCAUCGAGUUCAUACUGGGGAGAAGCCAUUCAUCUGCACAGUCUGUGGGAAGCGAUUCACUGAUCCAUCCACCCUACUGAGUCAUCAACGAGUUCACACUGGGGAGAAGCCGUUCAUCUGCUCAGAAUGUGGGAAGAGAUUCACUGAUUCAUCCACCCUACGGAAUCAUCAGCGAGUUCACACUGGGGAGAAGCCAUUCACCUGCUCAGUCUGUGGGAAGGGAUUCACUCAGUCAUCCCACCUACAGAGACACCAGCGAGUUCACACUGGGGAGAAGCCGUUCACCUGCUCAGAAUGUGGGAAGAGAUUCACUGAUUCAUCCGCCCUACUUUGUCAUCAGCGAGUUCACACUGGGGAGAAGCCGUUCACCUGCUCAGAAUGUGGGAAGAGAUUCACUGAUACAUCCACCCUACGGAAGCAUCAGCGAAUUCACACUGGGGAGAAGCCGUUUAACUGUUCAGAAUGUGGGAAGAGAUUCACUCAGUUAUCCAAUCUACAGAGACAUCAUCGAGUUCACACUGGGGAGAAGCCGUUCACGUGCUCAGUCUGUGGGAAGAGAUUCACUGAUCUAUCCACCCUACUGAGUUAUCAGCGAGUUCACACUGGAGAGAGGCCGUUCACCUGCUCAGAGUGUGGGAAGGGAUUCACUCAGUCAUCCCAACUACUGGAACACGUCAAUUCAUAGUGGGGAGUGGCCGUUGUUAUGAAUCCCUAGGUUUCGUUUGCUGUGGACUGUCAUUUUAAGAGAGAGAAAUUAAGAAGUCUGACUUGCAGCUUGUUUACAUUGCUCGCAGCUUGUUUCGUUUUAACCGAGGACACAGACACUCAGAGUCAGACGGAGACGGAUGAAAAAUGAAAGGAUUGAAACCAGGGAAAUAGUGGCCAAAGGUCACUGUUUAGAACAUUCCUAUGCCCACAAGGGUGGGUUAAUUAUCCAUUCGCCGUACAUCGAAUGUGUGGUUGUCACCUCAUUUAACCCAUAGGAGUGGAUCUGAUUUGGGAUAUCCUGUUUAGACCACUUAGUGUUAACCCUUGCCUGUGUGUGAUGUGGUCAUUCAUUUGAAGAUGAUACCCCUCAUGACAAGUCACAUUCACUGAUAAUUCGUAUGUAGAUUUGUAAAGAUGAUGGAUAAAAUCUACAGCAACUGUUCUCUCAUUUUAACACUGUGGAACCUGCAGAACAGACAGACAGACUGACGUACUUUAUUGAUCCUGAGGAAAAUUGAGUUUCGUUACAGCCGCACCAUCCAAGAUAGUGUAGAAAUAUAGCAAUAUGAAACCAUCAAUAAUUAAAUAAUAAUAAGUUAAUCUUUGCAAGUGGAAAUAAGUCCAGGACCAGCAUAUUGGCUCAGGGUGUCUGACACUCCGAGGGAAGAUUUGAAAAGUUUGAUGGCCACAGGCAGGAAUGCCUUCCUGUGAUGCUCAGUGUUACAUCUCGGUGGAAUGAGUCUCUGGCUGAAUGUAUUCCUGUGCCUAACCAGUACUUUAUGGAGCGGAUGGGAGUCAUUGUCUAAGAUGGCAUGCAACUUGGACAGCAUUCUCUUUUCUGACAUCACUGUCAGAGUGUCCAGUUCCACCCCCACAACAUCACUGCCCUUACGAAUGAGUUUGUUGAUUCUGUUGGUGUCUGCUACCCUCAACCUUCUUUCCCAGCACACAACAGCAAACAUGAUAGCACUGGUCACCACAGCCUCGUAGAACAUCCUCACCAUCGUCUGGCAGAUGUCAAAGGACCUCAGUCUCCUCAGGAAAUAGAGUCGGCUCUGACCCUUCUUGUUAACAGCCUGAGUGUUCUCUGAGCAGUCCAGUUUAUUGUCAAUUCGUAUCCGCAGAUAUUUUUAAUCCUCCACCAUGUCCACACUGAUGCCUUGGAUGGAAACAGGGGUCACCGGUGCCUUAGCCCUCCUCAGGUCCACCACCAGCUCCUUAGUCUUUUUCACAUUAAGCUGCAGAUGAUUCUGCUCGUACCAUCUGACAAAGAUUUCCACCAUAGCUCUGCACGCAGCCUCAUCUCCCUUGCUGUUCGACAUAACUGCCUUCUCUUGACAUUUACCCUAAUUUACAAAUAUCUCUCCCAUCACCUAUUUUGUGGAUAAACUGAACUUUCAUACCUUACCAUCUGAAGACUCCAAGCCUUGUUUCCCCUGAGCUCAAUAGUUUGGGAGUUAAAUUUACACACAUAUAUACACAUAACACUGUUAAUUUUCGUUUAACUUGCUUAAGUUACUAUAUUAUAAGUGGAUACUAAUAAGCAUUGUGGUUUUCACAUCAAAAACAGAUUCCAGUAGUAGUCUGUUGCUGCUGGUUCGUUUCUGAAGCGUUACGGUUCGCCUGCAUCUGGGAUAUGAUCAAAUUUGAGGAUUGAUUAAUUAUCAAUUUCAUUGGGGAAAACUCUUUUGAUUUAUUUCUGUUUGGGAAAUUUGCAGCAAUGGAUGUUGAUCGAUGUCAGGAAGCGCCAACCUCUGAGGCAUUAGAGGACGCCAGAAGGGUUGAGUUGUUGAGUAUUGCUGAAAGGUUAAAACUUGUUAAGGUGAAAUUGACAAUGAGGAGGGCACAGAUGCAGAGGGUGAUAGCUGAACAUUAUGUAUCUGAGGGUGUGUUUAAAGUGGAGGAGUUGGAGGUGUUUCCUGAAAGUAAACCUCGUGAGCUUGAGCUCCAGUACAAGUGAGAAAAAUUAAAGAUUGAGGCUGCGGAAAGGCAGAGGCAGUUUGAGGCUAGAGAGGCAGAAAAACAGACAGAAAAUUGUCUCAUAAAGUGUGAUAAAGGGAAAGGCUUAGCAUGCCUAUACUGCUUUGCCAGUUGAUGAAGCAGCUGAUUUUUUAUACUGCACCAAUCAUCGCCACUGGGCUAUAAACGUGCAGGAGCAGUGUGUGGUUCAGUGCUUUGCUCAAAAACACUCACACUGCCUCGGCUGAGGCUCGAAAACAUGACCUUCAGAUCACUAGUUCAACACCCUAACCAGCUGGCCACGCACCACACAUUAUGACAUAGUGAAACAGGCUGUGCUCAAAGCUUAUGAGUUGGUCCCAGAAGCAUAAAGGCAAAAGUUUAGAAAUUUGAAGAAACCUGUGAACCAGACUUAUAUGAAAUUUGCUUAUGAGUAAUUUGAGUGUAUUGCCCGCUGGUGCACAUAUAAAAAUGUAAAUGAUGAUUUUAACAGCUUGAACGAGUUGGUUUUAACUGAAGAAUUCAAUAAGUGUGUCCCUGAUGACAUAAAGACAUAUUUAGAUGGAAAUGAUGCUGCCACUAUGCAGGAGUCUGCUAGAUUAGCAGAUCAGUUUGCUUCAACUCAUAAGCGUAUGGUUACCCUGAAUAAGAGUUUCGAAAAGAGUAGCAGGGAUGACCAGGGUAAACCAGAAAUUAAUGCUGGGAUUUGUCACACUUGUCAAGUUUUGGCUAAACCUCAUCAGGUCACCCCAGUGGCCCCACUGUGGUCUAUACCUGCAUUCUGUGAACCCUUUUCUAAAGUUAUAGAGAAUUAUGUUGGCCCAUUGCCAAAGACUAAAGCUGGCCAUCAGUAUCUGCUAACUAUUAUGUGUACUGCGUCCAGAUUCCCAGAGACAAUACCGCUCAGAAAUAUUAAAGAUAAAACUGUGUCGAAGGCUCUUACUGAGUUUUUUUUUACUUUAUUUGAUUUGCCUCAAGAAAUCCAGUCUGAUCAAGGAAGUAAUUUUACAACUGGGUUAUUCCAGCAGGUAGUUUAUGAACUGGGAGCAAAACAAAUUACAUCGUCUACAUACCAUCCGGAAUCACAAGGGGCUUUAGAAAGAUUUCACUCUACCCGCAAAACAAUGAUUAAGACAUACUGUGUUGAAAAUGGAAACGACUAGGAUGAAGGAAUACAUUUGCUUUUGUUCGCAGUAAGAGAGUCGGUUCGGGAAUCAUUGGGCUUUACUCCAUUUGAACUCGUAUUUGGACGCAGAGUGAGGUGACCUUUGACCUUGUAAAAGGAGCGGUGGAUUGAUGGGGAUGUACAUGUUAACUUGUUAGACUAUGUUUUAAAUUUCAAAAAUAAACUUCACCAAUUCUGUGGUCUAGCGAGACAAAACUUAAAGAUUUCUCAAAACAAAAUGAAGUGUUGGUUUGAUAAGCAGGGUUGUGAAAGAAAAUACCGGGUGGGGGAUAAGGUGCUUGCCUUAUGUUGGCGAAUCCACUUCAGGUGAAAUUCAAUAGACCGUAUGAAAUAGUCUCUCAAAUUAAUGAUGUGAAUUAUGUUAUUACAACACACAACCUACGUAAACUAACACAACUGGCACACAUAAAUAUGAUAAAGCCUUGUUUUGACAUCAGGCACCAUCUGUGAGUGUUGUUGUCAAAACAUAUGAAUCUGGCAACCCUGAGCUUGAAACAAUUGACUCGUCUGAGACUUUUCACAAGCCAAACGUGGUCCCAGUUAGGCUAAUGAACUCCGUUGUCCAGAAAACAUUGAUAACAAGUCGGCUCAUCUGCAGCCAAAGCAACAACAACAGCUGAAGGAAUUAAUUCUGAAGUUUAAAGAUUUCUUUCCUGAUGUUCGCAAGCAAACCACGGUCUCAUUACGUGAUGCAGAUAUUGGUCAAGCCAAACCGAUUAAACAACACCCAUAUCGCAUGAACGUAGCGAAUGUAAAUUGGCUGAGCAAUUGUUGUAAGCGUGGAAACAGAUUCAGUAGGUCUCAGGGGCACAGAUUAGGGGAAGGUAAAUGAAGUAACAAAAACAGAUGCCUAUCCUAUCGCUAGGAUAGAUGAUUGCAUCGAUAAAGUUGGAAUAGCUAAUUUCUUACAAAGAUUGAUCUGUUGACAGGGUAUUGGUGUGUUCCAUUGACGGACAGACAUAGAGAAAUUUCUGCCUUUGCGACACCAUCUCGGUUGUAUGAAUACAAUGUUUUGCCUUUUGGAAAGAAAAAUGCUCCAGGAACAUCCCAGAGAAAGACUGAUUUUGAAAUUCGAGGGUUAGAACACACAGAUGCCUAUAUUGAUGACUUAGUCACAGGGAGUGACACUUGGGAAGAGCAUAUCUCUGAUUGGUAAGAAGGCUCUUAGAAGGUUUCUGGGAAUGGAUGGAUAUUAUCGUAAGUUCUGUAAGAACUUUCCUGCUCUCGCUCUUCCUCUGACUAAUCUCCUGAAGAUGGGUGAAAAGUAUGUUUGGACCGAACCUUGUCAGGAGACAUUUGAUCGAUUGAAAGAUAUUAUUUGAGAUUAGGCCAAUCAAUGUAGUAUUCUCAGCAAAUUUAAUUAGCAGAUUGGAGCUGUGGGUGGCAACACAAGUCAUGGGUGCACAGAGAGUAAAGGAGAGGGCCAAAGUGACAACCCUGUGGGGUAUGUGUGCUGAGGGUCAGAGAGACAGAGGAGAUGGAGCCCACUCUUACCACCUGCUGGUGAUCUGACAGGAAGUCCAGGAUCCAGCUACACAAGGCAGGGUGAAGGCCGAGGUCUCUGAGCUCCUUGUCGAUACUUAAUGCCUUUGUAUGGCUACUGCUCUGCCCAUGACUGCAAGGAACUGCAGAGAACUUUGGAGAGCAGAGAACAUCAGAGAAACAAGCCUCCACUCCAUGGACUCUCCCUACACUUCCCCUCCCUCGGAAAAGCAGGCCAUGUACACAAAGAACCUCAUAACCUGGACAUUCUUGCUGCAAACCCGCUCCCACAUUGGCGGAGAGAUACAAAAGCCUUAAAGUGCGUAACACCAGGCUGAAGGAUGGCUUCCUGUCUGCAGUUAUAAGCCAAAUGAAUGAUAAAAUGGACUCGGCCUCACAAUGUAACUCGACGUGACCCUGCACCAUAUGUCUAUCUGCACUGCACUUUCUCUGCAGCCAUAAUACUUUGUUACAGUUAUUUUUUUGUUGUCUAUGAGCUCAAUGUACUGUUGUAAUGUAUCGAUCUGUGUGGAUGGUUCAUCAGGCAAGAUUUUCACUGUAGCUCAGUACGUGAUGAUAAUAAACAAAUACACCACUUUAAUUGUGUGGAAAUAUUAGACAGACUGAGCUUCUGCUCCGGAACCACAGAAGGAAACUGACCAGUUGUCAUUUCUGUGGAAAGCAAAUAUAUGGAAAAUGCUUCAAUCUCACAUUACGAUCUGCGGUAACUGGGAUCAGGUGACUGGCGGUGGGUCUCCCAUAUCAAUAUCAGAAUCAAGUUUAAUAGCACCAGCAUAUGCCAUGAAAUUCGUUGUCUCUGCGGUAGCAGUAGAACCUAAUUAACAAAAGAUCUUAACAAUUGUGACUUAAAGUAAGUAUAUAUAUAUAGUACAAAAAUAUUAAAAAAAAUGUAAUAAGCUAUUCUAAUUGUGUAAAUGUAAUAAUCUAAUUUAAUUGUGUGGAGCUAUUUGAUCCGGAUCUCACUGCGUUCUCUGAAAGUGACAAAGGUGAAGCUACAUGUACACGUAGAGCAGUGACCCGCAAAUGCUGCAGAUCUGCAGAAAAACGUGAACAGGAAACGGGAUCAGGUGACGGGUGGAGGGUCUCCCUCCUGAACUGGUGACUCUGCUCCUCGGCCCUAACAUGCUGCCCGACCCAUCCGCCGCAUUCUCCACAUUAUUCCAUAUUUACACCAGAUACAUGUCUACUUUUCCACACCAUAUCUACCCCGAUCCCUUUCCCUCCACCCCCAGGUCACAGAGUCACGGGCUCGAUUCCCAUCCCCUUUUUCAGAGACUGGGUCACUGGUUCAACCGGUAAUGAUGUUCUGCAUUUCAAUGUGUUCACCUCUCAGUCCUCGAUUCUCUAAAUGACAUUUAGAGUUACCACAUUUGAUCUUUCUUCAGGUUAUGACCCCACCUCUCCAGGGAUCAGUCAAGUGAAUCUUCAUUGCACUCUCUAUAACAAAUACUCUCUAACCUCAUUGUUUAUGGAAUUAAUUUCCAUCUUCUGCAGCCCCGUGUUGCCCCAACCACUGAGCUCCCACCCCUGUCACUAUUUUCACCUUCCACCUCCCCCCUAACCUGAAUCCACCUCUCACUCCCCAGCUCAUGCCCCAUCCCUACCCCUCACCUCUUUUCUCUGACUAUUUCCCCUCCACUCUCAGUCCAGAGGGAGGGUCUCGGCCCGAAAUGUUUACGGUCCAUCUCCCUCCACAGAUGCUGCCCGACCCACUGAGUUCCUCCGGCAGUUUGCUCUUUGGUCUGUAUAACCCGUGUUAAUAUGGGGAGCGGGAUUUUACACCAUAUUGCAGGGUUAGGGUUAAUGGACUUUUCGGUGAGACAACAACAUUAAUCACGGCUUUCAUCACUGAAUCCAGUGUUGUGGGAUGUAAAGUCCCCUGUUAUGUGUCCGGCUGUGCUAUGUUGUUGGUGAAGUGGGCAGCGUGGCGUUUCUCUCGAUUCGGGUCACAACACUAGAAUUGCCAGCGGGAUCCACACACAGUGUGUUAGUCAGCAGAAAACCUUUCGUCCCUGCAGUCUUUGUCUCCUGGUAAACUCGACACCCUGACAAUGUGGACCAUAGAUACCCCUUCCUCUCAGAGUCAGGGGAUCACUCAGACAGCUGAUCGCUGAGAGGAAUUAUAUUUAUUGGUCAUUAAAGUUCACCCAGAUUCGUUUGGACGGAUUUCAUGUGGAGUUCGGGGUGUCACAGUGAAAGG